AUGACUUUGGCCCCCCAAAAUCCUAUCGACGUUCCUCCCUACCAGCUGCAACCAUUGCUUUCUGCAGUCGUUGACAGUCUAGUGCGACGUCCUGUUGUUAUCCGAUGCGUUCAGGCGAUUGGUUCAGAGAUUUACGUCGGAAGUUCUAAUGGCGAACUACUGAGAUUUGCGUUACAAGCAAAUGCAGGAGCGCCAGACUCAUACACGCUAUUGUCUCGACAGACGGUGCUUAACGACAAGCCGAUUGACGACAUCGUGCUCGCGCCUAGCAUUUCAAGGGCAUUGGUUUUGACAGACCGCCAAAUACACUUCUAUACCCUUCCAUCCCUCGACAUGGUCCCCCACACUGCCAUCAAGCCCGUCCGCAACGUCAUCGCUUUUGCAGUUGAUGAGCAGCAUCUCAAACGGCCACCACAGUUCGCCAACGAAAUCCCCCUUCCCGUCGAGCCGAUCGAGUUCUGCGUCGUGAAGCGUGGUAAUAUCUCCCUUUACAGCCUUCGAGAACGUCUCUUCUUUCAGAAGGAAAUCCCAUUUCCGUCAGGCGGGGUUCACGCGCGAAGAACAGGCAAAUACUUAUGUGUCGCCGACCGAGAAAAUUACAACAUGGUCGACCUUCAACAGGCCUCACAACUUCCUCUCCUCCCAAUUUCGCAGGCUCCAGACCCUUCUGUUGUCAUGAAACCAUCGAUCACCGUCAUAAGCGAGAACGAAUUUCUCAUCCUCUCUUGGACCGGCGCCAGUACCCUCGGCGUAUUCAUCACUGGCGAUGGAGAUCCUGUUCGCGGGACAUUGGAAUGGCCAAGCCAUCCUGUCUCUAUCACCCUCGAUUACCCGUACAUCACCACCCUACUCACCAACGGCACAAUCGAGAUCCACAGCGUCGAAACCCAGGGCAUUGUCCAGGUCAUUUCAGCACCACCUGAAGAAUUGUCACCGUCUGCUUCUGAUAGGAGGGCUCUAGUGCUGUGCAUGAACGGUUUGCUCAUACCGUCGACUCAGCGCUCUGAGAAACUUCUUACGGUACCACAUCGGCUUUUGCGGAAAUCAGCACGUCCAUCGUAG